AGAAAACCCCAAUGUGUGCACUUCGUUCAAUGUGUGCAGUCCGUUCUUCCUGUUUCACCCAAAGUGGAAUAUGCCUAGAAUUCUGUAUAUUUUCAUCUACGGAACAGGUGGUUUGAAAUGCAAAUAAGGUGAGCAUGCCAGAGCGUAUCCUAGCAGUGGCUGCUUUGCGAGAAUGUUGCCAUGGCACCCAUUCAACAGGGUUCUUAGAGGCGGCCACACCUCGGCAGGGGCUUUCUAACUUGGGACCCACACAAGAGCCAGAGCAACAAAAAGACACAAACUGUGAAGAAGGCCUAACCUGACAGAGGAGGGGAAUCUUUACAGUACAACUGCCCUCAGAAGCUACCUGUGCUGUGGAGGGGAUUUGGGGACUUAAGAGGGACAGAAAGGAAACGGACCCUCUCCUGGAACACCUGGGAUGCAAGCCAAGCCUGCAGGCAAAAUGAUGGGCUGCAGUUAGAAGACAUUAAGGCUAGCAAUGGAGCCCUUGUAUGAGGAAUACCUAGCGAAUCGUGGCACCAUCGUCAAACCAUACUACUGGCUGAGCUUCUCUCUAGAUUGCCCUAACUGUCCCUACCACAUCCGAACAGGAGAAGAAGCGAGAGUUUCUAACACAGAGUUUUACCAGGUUUUUGGAUUCCUUUAUGGGCCAACAUACCCUCCAAUAAAACACCUCACUUUUUAUGAGCUGAAAACUUCUUCUGGAAGCUUAGUGCAAAAGGGUCAUGCUAGCAGUUGCACCGGAAAUGAUAUUCACCCAGAAUCGAUGCUCUUCGAGACAAACGGUUAUCUGGACUGUGCACUACACAAGAACGGCAGCAUCCGGCACAUCAUUCUGUAUUCCAACACCUCCCCGUGCAACGAGGCAAACCACGGCUGCAUCAGCAAAAUGUACAAUUUCCUGCUCAUGUACCCAGACGUCACUCUGAGCAUUUACUUCUCCCAGCUCCAUCACACCGAGGCUGAGUUUCCUGCCUCAGCCUGGAAUCGGGAGGCUCUCCGGAGUCUGGCCAGCUUGUGGCCACAGGUCUCACUGAGCCCCAUCAGUGGGGGAAUUUGGCAUUCUCUCCUCGACAAUUUCGUGAGUGGAGUCCUGGGACUGACGAUCCUCCACCCCAUCUUAGCCAGGCGAGCGCUGGCCGACAGGCACAAUGCUGAUGAAAUCAACGCCAUUACUGGAGUGACGCCGUAUUUCACUGAUGUGCUUCCUCAGACAGAGAAGAGUCCAAACCUAAGUGCUCCACCGGCUUUUGAGAGCCACACCUUCAGCAGUGUCAUGCCUGGACAGUCACUUCAAGUGACAGGUGCACAAGCACAACCCAGCCUGACCCCGGAUCUCAGGGUUCCUGUGGUUUUUGUGCUGGUGCCUUUCACAGAUCUCCCACCAAUCCAUGUCGCUCAGAACCUACACAAACCCAGAAAUGUCGUGAGACACUUAAAUAUGCCUCAGCUGUCAGUGCAAGAAACUAAGGUCCCCAGAAAUCCCCUGGGAAGCCCAGUGGAAGGAGUGGAAAUCACAGAAGUAUUUCCAAGUAGCAAAGAGGUGGAUGAAAGGAAGAAAGGGAGAAAGUAAAUUCAAUAUUCCUGCAGCAGGAGGUCAAACCACUACUAGAAGACUCAUUAAGACAGUCAGCAAAAAUAUCUAGCUAUCUAUUUCAUUUUACUUCUGGCCCAAGAUGAAGAUCAAGUAAAGCAAAACCUGGUAUUUGCCAUCUCAACCAUUAUAAAACAGUACUAUUUUUUUUAAACAUAAUUCAAUUUUUUUUUUCUACAAGCCACUUUAACUUUUAUUUUCCGCAUUAAGAGUAUGGAGCCACUAGCAACUUGCUAAUAGCAUUUUGAUGUGGAAAAGGAAAGCAUUCUUCUGGUCUACCCACUACAAAAGUCAGUGAAUGAAACAGCCUUCUGGAAUAAGAGUCACUGUAUCAUUGGAGACAGUCUGAAGCUUUAUCAUGUACCACACCCAAACGCAACAGCAAAGCAGUGAUUUUCCAGUAAUGGUUGAUGGUGGACAGAAGAUUUUUUUUCUAAAGUAGUUCAAAGCAGGUUUGUGUGUGGAGAAAAGUCUUCUAGUGCUUUGGCUACAAAAUGUAGGUUUCCAAAACAGUCACCAGCUCAUUUUGAUCUUUCCCUGAUGACACCUCUCCCUCUUGAGCAGACUGCAGGCAGCAGGGAGAUGCAUGACACUCUCCAAGGGUGACUUCCACCAUGCAAGCAACUCUGCUUUCCAGGUUCCUCUCCUACCUUCCUGAACUCUAGCUCACUCGCAUAAGCAUUUUCUCUCUCCUUGCUCUGGUCUCUCUGUAGAACUGAAAGCGGUCUCCAGGGAAAAUGUGGGGAGUAAGGCUGUGGAUGCACAGCUCAGCUACUUCAGUGAUCACUACUCUCCAAUAUCCCUUCCCCCGCUCCUCACCCCCCCACCCCUGGACUAGUGGCCGUCGAGCUAUCCUGCACCAGCAUCUAUCUCUUUUUGUUACUGGCUUUCAUUCUUCCUUCUUCUAAUCCAGUUCCCUAAGGUAUAAUUUGUAUGUUUUCCUUCCUUUUUCACAGGUGUGUAGCUCAAUCUUAAAAUAUUGCUAAAAAAAAUUUAAGUCUUCCUCAAAACAACAAAAAGAAGUAUCUCUUGACUAACUCACUCUCUGAGCACAUAUAUUAAAAUACUUAACGUUUAAUUCACAUUUGCUGCCUCUCUUCCCAAUUAGAAAUAUAUAAACAUAUGUUACGUGGAAAAUAUAGACAUUCGUUUGUAACUUGUGGCUAAAUUUGUUCUUAAUAUAUAUAAAUAAUAUAACACUUUUAAUAAUAAGACCUAAUAAAAAGCUUGGUCAUUUGAAGAACUUAAAGCACAUAAUGCCCAUGGAGGAGGGAGAGGAAGGGAGGUGGGAGACAGAAAAGGGAAGCAAAGAAAAUAAAAAAUGUUUAGAAUAAAAAUUUCUAGUGUGAUUAAAAUAAACAUGAAUAUACUUUUAAACAGAAA